AUGUCCACCUACGAGACCCAAGACGUCCCCGCCGGCAUCGCCCGCGACAACGACUACGUCAGCCGCACCGGGCAGUCCGAGAUCCGCGUCCAAAAGGACGAGGCGCCCGUCGACGACCCCAUCGACCCCGCCACCGCCGACACCGACGAGCAGUUGGCUCGCGAUGACAAGGAGGCUAUCGAUGAGGAUAACAUCCUGUCCGACCGGACGCGCGGUGCUGCCAAGAAGGCUGGUGCUUAUGCGGAGCCUGGCGACGACGAGGGUCUGCCUGGCCCCGAUGACGGGACGAGUGUCGUUCGCAAGUAA